UUCCUCUGUUACUGCCCCGACCGCACGGGCCCCGGCGUGCUCGAGACGCGCCUCAAGGUCCGCGCCGAGCACUUUGCGGGCUACAAGCGCACGCUGGAGGCGGGCAAUGCUGAAUUCGGCCGCGCGUUCCUCCCGCCCCCCGGCGACGAGCUGUACUCCCCCGACCGCCUCGCGGUCCUCCCGCCAAACGUGCAGCCCAUGGGCGGGAGCGUGCUCAUGCUCCGCUACCCCAGCCUCGAGGAGGCGUGGGCGCGCGUCAAAGAAGACGUGUACUAUACCGCCGGGGUGUGGGAUCCCGAGCGCGUGUUUGUC